CCAGCCCCCUUUCCUCUGGUCCCGGAUCUUUCAGGCCAUCCGUUCAAGCGCCUCGCAUCGCCCCGAGCCAUGGACAAGCGCCUCCGUCUCCUGCUCGGGGGCCUGAUCCUUCUCGGGACCCUGGCCUACUGGCUGGCGCCGCUGGCCCUGUUGGCGGUCAUCCCCCAUGAUGGGGUGGCCCUGCGAACCUACCUCUCGGAGAAUGCCCUCAAUCCCCGGUCUCGGACGUCGGUCUUCGGCCAUGGUGCUGACCAGGCCGGCGCCGAUGCAUUGCGCCUGGCCCGGGCCUUGCGGUCCGGGGAGUUCGCCCCUCAGGACGACGAGUGGCGCCCGCACCCUGCCGAGGACAGCUCCAGCCCCCUUGCACUGGGCCACCUGGCGCCGGUGUCCCACCUGGCCCGGGCCCUGGAGAUGCGCCUCCGCCGCCGCGUGGCCGUGCACCACUUCGCUGAUCCGGCCGAUGGCUCCCUUCGCUCCAACCUGUAUAUGGUCUUCCCGGCCAAGCGCGGCGACGGCACGGAGUCCCUGGCUGUCGUCGUCCCACGCGCCUGGUUUGACGCAUACGAGGCCAAGUGGCAUGACAAUACACAGUCCAUUGCUCUGGUCAUCUCGCUGAUGGAGCGCAUUCAUGGGCUUGCCUUUUGGGCCAAGGACUUGGUGCUGAUCAUCGCCGACCCGUCGCCGGUGGCCAUGAAGUACUGGAUCCAGGACAUCUACCGCGGCGAGGGCCUCUCCUCCGGAAGUGCGAGCGCGCCCGGCGGUGUCGGCCAGCCGCAGACCGACAACUACCGGCCGCCGAUCAGCGUCCUGCAAGCGGCCAUCGGCGUGGAAAUGCUCGACUCCGGCACCUUCUCCGGGCUGGUGGGACUGGUUGAGGGCAUCGACGGCAGGCUGCCCAAUUUGGAUCUCUACAACAGCCUGGUGCGCGUGUCCGGGCCGGAGUCCCUGUGCACCUUCCAGCCGUCGGCCCCGCUUCUGUGCAAUGCCAGUAGCCUGCCCAUUCGCCCGCCGCCCGCCUCGGGGUCCGGGUCGCCCUGCGCCUCGAUCGAGACCUGCCCGGCCACCCUCCUGGCGCAUACCCUGAACACGGCGCUCCCCCUGCUCAACGACCUGCUCGGCAGCGGGCGCUCCUCCGGGGGGGUCCAUGCCGAUGUGGUGUCCCACCAGGUGGGCCGCUUUGCCGCCAUGGCGGCCAACAUCGGCCGGCUGUCGCUGCUCAACGGCGUGGUGGACAUUGUGCCGCCGGCGGCAAUGACCCAGCAUCCGGGGCUGCCGGCCGCCGCGGUGCCGCCCCAUGUGCACUUCCUCCAGGCCGGCGUCGAGGCGCUGACCAUUCGCUUCGUCGGCCGCUCGGCCCAGUACACCACCCUGAAUGUCCAGUCGUCGUCCUACCGCGGCGCGGCGGCCCUCAACCGGGCUGGCCGAACCGUCGAGCAGCUCCUCUACACUGUGAACAACCUCCUGGAGAAGUACCACCAAUCUUUCUUCGUGUACUGGCUCCUCGGUCCGCUGCACUUCACCUCCAUCGCCAAUGCCACCGGUCUGGUGGCCGCGGCAGCCAUCCUCCCCCUGGUGCUGGGAUCCAUCGUGUUCUGGGUCCGCGCCUCGACCGGGCCCGGUGGAAAGGGCUCGGGUCCUGCUCGUUCCUCGAGCGUCGCGUCGCCGGUCUUCCUGGGCCUGUUGGCCCUGCUGGCCUACCUGGCCCUGGGAGGCUAUGUGCUGGACGCGGCGCCGGCCGGUCCGGGCGCCAGCCUUGACCGGACUCUGAUCGUGAUGUCAGCUAUCUUUGCCGGAUGUCUCCUCUCGCUGGUGGCAGCACUGUGCCUGACCGCGCCAACCUGUUGCACAGAGCACCGCGCCCGCUUCGUCUUCCAGAAGGGCAGCCUGCUCGCCUUCCUUGGGGCCAGCCUCAGCGCCGUGGCCCUGGCCUCUCUCUGUGCAACGGCCAAUGUGUCGCUGGCACUGACGCUUGGGGUUCUGGCCGCCGGAACGGGCCUCGCCGCCCAGUGGGCGCUUCAGGUCUUGGCAGCCCCCGGGGCGGGGGCCCUGCGCGGUAUCCUCCUUCUGGCGGCCGGCCUCGUCGUCACCGUCGUGGCCUCUCCCGGGGCAUCUUUUGCUCUGCUGGCCCUCCUGGACCUGGGCAGCACCGGAUCCGGAGCCGGGGCCAAGACGCCACCGGCACACCUUGCCGGAUUGCUGACCCGCAUUGGCCAGGCUCUGACUGGUGCCAGCUCCUCGACGGCGGCUCCCCUUGAUUGGUCUGGUCUCGUGGGUGAUCUGCUUUCCAUGGCCGGGCAGACGGCUGGGCGGCUGCGCACGGCGGCCCACAUCGGCGGGUCGUCGGCCCUCUGGUGGACCGGCAUGACCCUGGCGCCGGUUGGCCUCCUCAGUGCGGUGGCCGUUCUCUUUUCCGGUGCCGGAGUCCUGACUGGCCGGGCGCCAGCCCAGUGCCCCGUGGCCAUCCGGCCGAAGGAGGACUGAUGCCAGCCGACCGGGCCAUCUCCUGGGGGCCGGAGCAAUACACUCUGGC